GGGGAGGUGAUCAGAGAGGUAAAGCCAAGUUCCUGCUCUCUUCACAGAUCCUGGAUUUUUAGCUGUCCACACUCCAGCUUUCAAAGGGGACCAGGCAGCACUGCUGUUGUCCUGUGCCAACUCCUGUUUGCAGUUCAAGAAGCAGGUCAGUAACUCCUAAUCAGCCAUUAUUAUGUGGAUAAGCAGAAGGACGUCAAAGCCAGAUCACUGACAACCCCUGAGUCUGGACAAAUGACAGAACCAGGAAGUGGCAGGUAUUUCAGCUUCAAGAACCUUCAAGGACAAGAUCUGUGAGGCAUGCUGAGUCAGGAAGGGAGUGUGUGAUGGACACCCAGCUGGAAAAGCUGGUGAAUGGAGGGGGAGGAGAGAAAGCCCUCCCAUUCAGUGAAUGCUCUUCAGCAUCUCCUCAAAUGGCACCAGGACAUCCAGACCAGGAGACUUCAUCUUCUGAGCACACUUCUUCAUCUGACAGUGAUUCAGGCUGUGCAGUGGAAGACUACCUCGAUAUUAAGGCUCAUCCCAGUAAUGUGCGCUUCACCUUAUCGAACAAUGAAGAACAAGAAUUAAAGCUUAUCCAAACACUGCUUCAGUUGCUUCCUCCACAAGACUGCGAUGAAAAGUUUUGCACAGGCUUGGGAGACCUGGAGAGGAGAGAGCUGAGGAGCCUCAGUACCUACCGGAGACAUCAUUCUAUGAGACACGGAGUUACUGUGCCUGUCACUUCUGACACACCUGACAGUUGCUGCAUGAGGUGUGGUGGAAAAAUUUUGGUGGGUGACAUUGCAGUCCACGCAGAAAGGAUUCAGGAUGAAGGGUUUCAAUGGCACCUUGGAUGUUUUGUCUGUGAGACAUGUCACUUGCCACUGUCACAGUUUAUCUAUUUCCUGCAAGACAGCAGAAUUUACUGUGGACGUCAUCAUGCAGAACUGACAAGAUCACGCUGUGCAGCCUGUGACCAGUUGAUUCUAACAGAUAGAUGUACAGUAGCUGAAGGUCACUGCUGGCACGUGGAACACUUUUGUUGCUGGGAAUGCGAGGUGGUGCUUGGUGGGGGCCGAUAUGUAAUGAGAGGCGGUAGACCGUUUUGCAAUGGCUGCUUUCAGCGUCUUUAUGCCGAGACAUGUGAGGGUUGUGGUGAACCUGUUGAUCCAAAUGAAGACUUUAUGACUUUAAAAGGGCAGUACUGGCAUUUGCUGCCGUCCUGUUUCUGCUGCUCCUGUUGCAGGGCACCACUCCAUAGGUCAGAGUUUAUCAUUCACAAAGAUCAUCUUUACUGCUCCCAAAGCUGCCUAACCUAUGACUCGCAGAUGUACUGCACUUUCAGAUCUCAGAAAAGUGUUACAAGACCACCAAGUCACCAGAGUAGCUCCCCAAGGAGUAGAUGUCAAUUAAACUGCAGAACCUGGAAUAACUCUGUGAAAGAUUAUAAAGGUAGAAGAUUGAACCCCACUUUACAAGAAUCAUCGAUAAAUAGAUGUCAAACAGAGCUACCAAAACUGUAUAGUGAAACUGACAGCGAGACAAGUAGUUCCUGGCAUACAGGUUACAGCUAUGAUCUGGAAGGGAAAGCCGAAUCAUCAUGCUCUUCGUCAGACUCUGAGCCAGAGGGAUUUUUCCUUGGAAGGCCAAUCCCAAAUUAUUCACUUAGCAGAGGAACAGAUUCACCAGCACACUUCAAAAACAACUCCGUAAAAAGACGGCAACGACGAAAAAACUGUAAAGUAUCAUAAAAGAAGGUACCCCCUAUGUAAAGAGGUGGGAAGAAGUUUUAUCAAGUUCCUUGCUAAAUGUUCAGUUUUAUGUGGGCAUUAUUUGUAAUGUGUGUUUUUUCGUAAAAAAAGCAUACCUAUUCUAUAUAAGCUAAAUAUAAAUUUCUUUCUUUCCCUCAAUUGCAACUGAAUAUUUUUUUUGAAGUGGCUUUGUUUGUAUACGAUUUUUAUCCUUGAUUUAUAUCAUCAUUUAAAGGAUGAAUUGCAUAAAAGUUGACUGUAUUCUGUACAAAUAUUUAUAACUAAAAUGUAUUGAUCAGAUUUUGGUGCCAGUAUGAACAGAACAAAUAAAUGAUUAAAAAAA